GUUUGUGCCGCUGUCUCCUCUUUUCCGCGUGUAUUUUUCUUUUCCUCUGGUGCCGUGCUUGACGCUGUCGUGUACGCCUGGGUCAGGCGAUGUUUAUGGUUGCGCGUGUGCGCUUGGUUGGGGUAAGUGUCUCAGCAGUUUUGCUUGAGCGAGAUGAAGCCAACAACACACUUACCUUGAUUCUAGAAUCAUACCAAGGAAGUAAUGCGAGCACUAUUGAAAGACAACACAACCAAGUUUAUGGGGGAAGUUACCAAGUAGACUCAAUUGCAUUGCCACCGACAGGAGUUCUUUGGCGAAAACGCUCUAUUAUGAGUAAUCGCUCUGCACCAGAAGCUUCUUCUCCACCAGCGAUCGCUAAAAUUUUAAAAUAAAGACAUUUAGUUUCUCAUUAAAUAAUGAUACUUAUAGAAUCCACCUCGAAAAGGUAUGUCUGAAUAAGAUCCUAUCUAGAAGGAAAGA